UUGUAUUACCUCCCUUUCAGCUGGCUACUUAAGUCCUGUACUAGAUGUGCUGUUAAUUUCACCUGAGCUCAAACUCAGGUUGAGAAAUUUUUAAUUACUUCAGACAUCACUCCUUGAAAAUGCUGAUAAAAAAUCUGCUGCCUUCUGAAAUUUCCUUGACUUCCAGAGUAUAUUAAAACUCAGUGUAAAUGGACCAGAGACCUCCUUAUCCAGCAGUUUUGAACUUCUAAAAUACGAGGCUUCCAGACCUGCUGAUUUAUUCAUAGCAAUAUUUGGGAGCUUCAGAUUAGACAGACAAGAUGACUUUCUGGAAUAGGAUACAAGUACUGACAAGUGGCCUGUAUACUAUGGUAACCUCAUUAUAUGCUAAAAUUUAUUAUCCUACUCCACCCUGUGAAAUGAGAUAUUGAUUGUGGUGGCUAAGUGAUACCUGUUCAAAGUAUUCUAGGCAGAUGAUGAACUUCUUAGAAUUUAUCUACUUUUUUUUAUUCUGAGGGAGCAAUUUCCCCAGCAUUUCAGGCUUAUGUAGAGUGGAAAGUACUGUAAGAAAGAAUAACACAACACUAGACUCCUAUUUUCCUGCUCCACUGUCUGUGGAGAGCUACUUUGCCAUUUUGGACCAGAAUCCUGCGUUGUCAGUACUCCAGGCUCCUGUGGAUGGCAACAAUGACUCAGUUAUUAUGAACUGUUCUUUUGAGGUGGUGUGCUUGUGUAUGUGUACACACACGUGUGAGCUGUGAGCACUUUUCAGACCCCAGCCGCUCUGCAGAGCUCUGGAGGGGGGAAUGGUCUGCAAGGAAGGGUGCUGGUAAAAAGCCAGCCCCAAAUCCACUGUAGCAAGGCCUACUCUUAUGUGGGGAAGACCCUUUCUUUUAUGUGUCACAGGAAUCUGGGAGUGUUGAAAACUGCUGUGCAGCACCAGAUGACCCCUGCUGUCACUCUGUGGGUGACAGGCGCUUCUGACCCUGGUCAAGGAUAAUUAAUGAGCAUUAAAUCACCUUGCUGUUCACCUUCCUUUGCAGGAGUGCAGUACCUAGCUCGUGUUGCUCCAGGUGGUGAGGCAGAUGUUCUAGUUACCUGGGAUCACCAUCUCCACCAUUAAUUGUUCACGUUAUGAAGGAAUGCUCGGAUCAGGUGACGUUGCUAAGCCCAGAACGGAAGAUACAGACCCGUGAGCCGGUCGUGGCAUGGCGAGGGGGUGUGGGGGAGGGCAAGUGGCCCAGGGGGAGUCCCAGCGGCUCCCGUUAAUGAAUUAAUCCGCUAACGAGGGUGGGCUCGGCGGCCUGUGCCCCCUCCGGUCCCGGCAGCCGCCUCCUCCCCCGGAGGGGGCAGUGACAGGCAGCGGCUUCUGCCCCAUGUGACUGGGGAGCGGCUGCCCCGUCCAUGGCUUGGCCUCCCCCGGGCAGCAGCAGCUCCGGCUCCCGGGGAGGAGGGGCGGGAGCUGCUGCUCCAUGGGGAGGAAGGGCAGCCCCCGAUCCCCCCAGGCGGAGGGGGGAUCCCGGGCCGCCUCCCCCCCCUCCCCGCUCUGGGCCUUACCUGAGGAGCUGCUGCUCCUCAUCUGCUCCUACCUGGACGCGCAGGCCUUGGGCCGCCUGGCCCAGGUCUGCCGCCGCCUGCGCUUCCUCAGCAGCCGCGAUGUCCUCUGGAAGCGCAUAGCCCGCGGCUGCCUCAACUCCGGCUUCACCCAGCUCGGCACCGAUCUAGCUGCUGGCAUUCCAGUGAAGGAAAGGGUGAAGGUAUCUCAGAACUGGAGGCACGGACGCUGCCGGAGGGAGACAGUCCUGAAAUGGAAAUGCAAUUUGAUGCCCUGGAUGGAGCUGGAUGGUGAAUAUCUCUACCUGUCUCAAGCGGAGAACAUCCAGGCAUACCAGCUCUGUGCAGAGGGGACAGGUUUGCAGCGUCACCCUCAAGCCAUCUUCUCUGGCCACCAGGAGGACGUGUGUCGCUUUGUUCUUGUCAACUCCCACAUUGUCAGUGGAGGGGGAGAUGGAAGUGUUGUCCUUCACAAGCUCCAUGGCUCCUACAGCGUCAAGUUCUCUGCACAUGAGCAGGAGGUGAACUGUGUGGACUUCCAAGGCGGCCUCAUUGUCAGCGGCUCCCGGGACCGAACAGCCAAGGUUUGGUCCCUGUCGGCGGGCAGAGUUGGUCAGUGUCUACAUACUGUGCAGACAGAGGAUCGAGUGUGGUCCAUUGCUAUCAGCCCAUUAUUAAGCUCAUUUGUGACAGGGACAGCCUGCUGUGGACACAUCUCACCUCUGAGAAUCUGGGACCUGGAGAGUGGCGAGCUGUUGACCUGUUUAGGGACCGACUUCCACCGUGGAGCUGGCGUCCUGGAUGUGUUCUACGAAACCCCCUCCCUUCUCCUUUCUUGUGGGUAUGACACCUACAUCCGCUACUGGGACAUACGGACCAGCACCAGGAAGUGCGUCCAGGAGUGGGAAGAGCCCCAUGACAGUGCCCUGUACUGCAUAAGGAGCGAUAAGAACCAUAUGAUUGCCAGCGGCUCUUCCUACUACGGUGUGGUACGCCUCUGGGAUAAGCGACAGACUCGGUGCCUGCAGAGCUUUCACCUGUCUUCACCCACCAGCAGCCCAGUGUACUGCCUCCGUUUCAGUACCACCCACCUGUACGCUGCCCUGGCGUCAGCCCUGCACGUCCUGGACUUCACGGCCUUGUGAAGGGCACCACAGCUGCUUCUGGUGACCCCAACUCAGCAGAGCUGACACUUGGCUCAGGGAAUUGCAGGGCAGGAGAGGUGAGAAAAGGCCCACAAGGCUUCUGAAGGGACUUCUUUGCCUGCCAGAAAGCUACAAUAAAGAGUGCACAAAGGGCCAAACUUUCUCAACCUUACCUGCCUGUUAGUGAAAAUAAUAGGCCAAUUGUCCUUUACCCUUUUUAUUUUGUGCAAGUCAGGAAUUGUUUUAUUAACUGUGUUACUUUUUUUCUUUUUCUUUCUCCUUCCUUUUUUUUUCCUGUGGAUACAUCAUUUGAGGGGCAGGUUGAGCCAGGAUGCCCCAUCCGCUGUGUGCUGGUCAGUUUGAGAUCAGCCAAGCUCUAAGCAUGUGAAACAAGACUAGGCUGUGUGUGGGGUGAACUGAUUUGGUAGAAGGGAAAGGUGCCUGGAGCGAGGCCCACCUUUCUCCUUAACUUGCUGUUCUGACAGCUGCUUGUGUUGUCCUUCACAGCCAAGAGCAACAAUUGAGCUAAAAGCAGAGCCAGCCCUGCUUUCAGUGUGCCUCCCCAAGUUGGCCGUCAGGUCAGGCUAUACACUUGGCAGGGCUGAAAUGGUCGUGUUUUGCUAAAUAAAACUGAAAUGAAA